AUGUACGCACCAUAUGUGAGCCAACCACCACCAGCGGCUGCUGUCCCUAGUGGCACUUGUCUUCCGCCAGCGGGACCCCUACACUACGAUGAAGGCUUCAGUUUCACCAUCACGCAGUUGGCCACUCAGAUUAGCCGUGUCUUCCGCAAUCCCUCCUUGGACAUUCCUGGAAAAGACGCAAUCCUAUCGUCCCUAACCUCCCUUCAGGCAGAACUAGCUAGUGGACGGCUUUCAGCCUCUGUGCAAGUCCUUCUCCGGAACUUAUUUUCAUUUAUUCAACAAAACGACUACGAGCGCGCUAACGAAACAAUCAAUGCACUCAGUUCCAAUCAUGAAAUGGAGCCGGUUAUAGUGGGCACACUUACGCAGCAUUUUCCCUCUACCCAGUUUCUGUUCGGUUCCUCUGGCAAACGGCGUGGUUCUUCCGUUCAGCAGAUAUCCACGGCAUUUGCUUCAGUAGUUUCGUUUCAGUCGGGGCAGCCAUCAGAGCCUCGCGGACCUCCCCUGCGGUGA